AUGAUUCCUUCUCCAUUCGUUGACGUGAUCGUUGUUGGUGCUGGUCUUAGUGGCCUCCAGGCAGCUGUAGACCUCGACAAAGCCGGUCUCUCCUACAUCGUCCUUGAGGCCAAUGAUCGGGUCGGUGGCAAAACUCUCUCUGUCCCAGCUGCUACCGGCGGUGGGCUGGUUGACCUGGGUGCCGCCUGGAUAAAUGACAGCAACCAGAGAGAGAUGUACGCAUUGGCCCAAGAAUUCGACUUCAACCUUAUCGUCCAGCGCACUGAAGGACUGUCACUCGAUCAGUCGAACGGAACGACGCAUGCCAUUCCCUAUGCUUUGGAGUUUGCAAGCGAAGAGUUUGGAGAAGGCAUCGGCCCGGUCCUUGUGAACAUGUUAUCGCGAGAUCUACUUGGUGUCGAGGCGGAUGAACUCAGUGCCUUGUUUCUCAUCAACUACAUCAAGAGCGGAACUGGUCUUGCAAACAUAUCAUCUGACAGCAAGGAUGGAGGCCAGUACCUGCGUAAUGAGAUGUUUGCAGUAAAACUCGCUACGAAGCUCGACAGGAAGAAGAUCAAACUCAACUCUCCCGUCGUCAAGAUUAUCCAAGGUAAGAAAGGUUGUACUAUCAAAACGAAAAGCGGUCACAAAUACCACUCCAAGAAAGUAAUUCUUUCUAUUCCGACAUCUCUAUAUCCCAAGAUCGACUUUGAGCCUCACCCACCGCCAACAAAGAAAGAGCUUGCUGGCUCUACUGAGCUUGGCUACUAUUCAAAGUCUAUCUUGGUCUUUGAUGAACCCUGGUGGCGUAAUGCCAAUUUCUCUGGUGUACUGACGUUUAUGGAUGGCCUCAUCUCAUUUACUCGAGAUACCUGCGUUCCUGAGGAUAAACAGUAUAGCAUUACUUGCUUCCAUGUCGGCCAGCCCGGUCGAAGGUGGUCUCAGCUGUCUGAGCAGGAGCGCAAGGAUACAGUGAUGAAGAAGUUCAACGACGCUUUUGGUACAGUUGUCGACAAAAUCCCUGAGCCUAUUAACAUCAUUGAGAAGGACUGGCUCAAUGAUCCUUGGUUUCUUGGUGGACCUAGCCCAGUUAUGAAGCCUGGACUGCUGACUGGUGCCGGAAAGUCUAUUCGUGAUCCCUUCAAGAAUAUUCACUUUAUCGGAACGGAGACCUCUAUUGUCUGGAAGGGGUACAUGGAAGGGGCUAUAAGAUCUGGUAUUUGUGGUGCUCUUGAGGUUACUGAAGCGCUUGACGGAUCGCCUUAUCUGUAA